UUAGUCCGACUGUGGACUUGGACUUUCUCUCCCUGUCAUUUGGACUCAGUCAUGUCAAACAACAGCGCCGCCAACAGCAGCUUAGUGAUCGCCCAGAGGGCAGUGAAGCAGCUUCGCCUGGAGGCCAGCGUCCCCAGGAUCAAGGUUUCUCAGGCCGCUGCCGAACUGAAGACCUUCUGUUUGCAAAAUGCGCACAAAGACCCUCUCCUCACCGGCGUGCCCUCCAGUGACAACCCGUUCAGGCCUCCUAAGUCAUGUGUCGUCUUCUGAGAAGGAGUGAAGGAUCAUUCCGAUGUGGAUUUCUGUCACGUGCAGCACUGCUGAAGACAAUUAUAAUUAUAUACGCAUUCACAGGGUUACACAACAGACCUUAAUGCCAUAAUUCUGUCUUCAUGACAAAAUUAAAUGCUUCUAACCACAACUGAAUUACAGGAAAAUUACACUUUCAACAGCGGUGGAUGAAAAACAUCUCUAUCUGAUGACAAGGAGACCCAUGAAAGUCACACUGGAAGAUGCCAGAUUUAUGAGUGUUGCUUAGAACAAUCUAAUUUAAUGUGUUUGUUCUUUUCUACAACUUUCUAACACAAAUCAGAACUGUGAAAGCUAAAAAAAUAAUUAUUUUUUUCAUUACUGCAUUGGUAUUUUCUUUUUAAAAAGUAAAAGGCUCCAGUUUUGGGGAAACAGGAGCCUUUAAAUGACUUUAGUGAUCCAAUUUUAACAAUUAAACGUUACCAUGGGUUCUGUUAUCUCUGUCACUGAAACUGUAUCUUGGAUGAAUUUUGCAUCUUAGUCUUAGAAAACUAAAAAAAUCACUGAGCUGCAAUAAUGAGCCCAUUCACUCAUUGAUUUGUCAACAUGAAGUUAAGUCAAUGGACUCAUCCUUUUAGACAUAAAUCAUCUGUUAUUUUACUAUAUUUUUCUUUAAUAUAAAGAUUUGAUGUGCUUCUGUGUUUUAUAUGACUGUAACCUGAAUAUCUUUGAAGUCAAAUUAAUAUUCCAAAUGUAAACCCUCAUGUUAGCUCAUUCUGAAGAUGCUACUAUGUCAUUUUGAAAACAUUAAAUUAUUACUACAAUA